GCCUCCCUCUUCGCAGGCUUGAGUAUCGAUUUCACUUCAAUUUGCUGGAGAACCGGAGAAAUCACAUUUGCUAGUUCUCUCUUCACGAUGACAUCAAAGAGAUCCCAACUGAGCUUGGAGAAUUCCCAAAGCACUCAACAGAUCAAUGCUCAUUUGGGACGUGUGAGGAAGCCGAAAGGAGAUCGCACUAGGCGCAGCUGGACUGAACGAGAGGAGGAGGCCCUCGUCGUACAUCUGAACGAGCUUGUUGCUACUGGCUGGAAGUCGGACAAUGGGUUUCGAACUGGCUUCCUUACGAAGCUCGAAGAUGCCAUGCGCAUUCAAUUUCCCACAGCUAAUAUCAAAGGAACGCCGCACAUCAUGUCCAGACUUUCAGCGUGGAAAAAAAGCUACGGGUUGUUGGAGAAAAUUCUGAACAGGAGUGGCGUAGGGUUUAAUUCGAAGGGCGACUACAAAUUUGAGUGCGAUGACGAUCAAUGGGACCAAAUUGUGAAGGCUGAGCCUGAAGCUCGUUUCAUGAGGGAGAAAGGCUGGCCGUUAUGGCCGUAUUGGCAAAUCAUAUUUGGUAAAGAUCGUGCUUCGGGUACCUUCACUGAGAAUCUCAUGGACUCUGUCAACGAGCUGCACUCUCAACACUCUCUGGAGAAUAUCCAAGAAUCAAUUGGCACAGGAGGUGCUGACUUCAACUUGGGCGACCAACCAACUCCGGCACCGGUAGAUGGAACUCAAACUCCACCUUCGGCAGCUGAUAGUACUGGGCACAGCAAUCCCACCAAGGCCACAUCUACCAGUGGAGGGAAAAAAAGGAAGAUUGAGAUGGGCAUUGAAGGCCUGGUCCACAUGCUGGAGAAAGUGCACGAUGACACAAACAGGAGGCUUGACACUCUGGCACAACGCAUUGGAUAUGAGUUUGAUCUCAGUCAAUCAAGGAAACAUGUGUACGAGCAACUGGGAAAGCUGCCCGAUCUCAGUCGUGAGCAGAAGUUUGAUGUAGGCGGGUGGAUACUUGAGAAGGUUGAGCGCUUGGACUUUUUCCUUGGUAUGCCAGAUGAGGAUCGCCUUGCUUAUGUCAUCCGAGCUCUCGAAAAAUAUUUCUAGGUUGUGUAGUUUGUCUAUUGUUUUUGUGGUCGAACCCUAUCUGCAUUUGUCGCCGUUUUUUGUUGGCUUGCAAUGCCAAAACAAUUGAUGUAUUUGGAUUUCAUGGACAAUGUGCUAGUGUCGACCUUAGGAGUAGUUGUGUGUAAUGACAUUUGUGAUCUGUAGAACUUCUAAAGUAUUUUGUCUGACUUUAACUUGUAAUAUACUAUGUUUCUAUGAUAA